GGCCGGCUCCAUCAUGCCCCGCCCUCUGCUCCACCUGGCUGUCCUCGCCCUGCUGGCAGGUGCUGCUGUUCAGGUGAAGGCAGCCUCUGGACUUGGACGGGUCAACAUCAGCGCCUGUCCCAUCACGUACUUUGGGAAAACCUACGACUCGAUUUACAUCAGCAAACCGUCACCAAACACCUUCGCUGUGUCCUUCGGUGACGGCGACGGCUCCGCUGCGGCGCCGCAGAGCAUCGACAGCAUCUCGGCGGGCGCUGAGGUGUCGGUCGACUUCGAGACGAGGAUCGAUCCGACCGAGGCGCCCGUCGGCUCCACGCUGCACUCCAAGCUGCCCAACAUCACCUCGCCGGCCAGGUGCAGCGUCAACGUGGUCGGCUCGUUCAGCUUCGAGCUCGUCAGGAUGGAGAUCUUCAGUUUCGGAGCUCAGGCGGCUCUGAAGCUCAGCACCUCUCACCGAUACAACUUGUUCAACAGAUCAGUCACUCUGAACAUUCAGACGAGGAACAGCGCGGUUUCUGAGGACACGUUCGACACGACCGGGAAGACUCUGGAGGUCUACAGAGACCUGAGCGGCUGCAGGCGAGGAGAUAAGAUCUAUGCAGUGAAUGAGGUGGUGAGUUCGACACCUGAGACGUGCCAGGUGGAGACGUGUGACGUGAACGCCGCCAUCACCAACGUGUCGGCCUGCGGCUCGCCGGCCUGGUGCCAUGGCAACGGACAGUGCUCCCCGCCGCCCACCAUGUGCACGGUGACGGGCUCCACCGUCAUCGACCUGCAGGGUACCGCCCGGCCGCCCGUCAGGUCCCACUGCGGGUACACUCUGCUGCAGCCCCGGGCGGCGGGGGGGCGGAGCCCGGCCUUCGCCGUGGUCGCCGUUUUCCGGGAACGCAGACGGAGAGACGUUCCCCUCCUGGACCGUGUGAUGCUGUUCCUGACGGAGAGACGCACCGUCAUCAGCCUGGAGCAGGGCGGGAGAGUUCAGGUGAACAACGAGACCGUGUCGCUGGGCCCGUCGCCUCGGCUGGUCCAGGGGGUGGAGCUGUCCAAGAGCGAGGCCGGGGUGACGGCCACCAUCCUGUUCUCCAACAACAGCAUCCCUGUGAUGUUCAACGGCUUCACCGCACACGUCGACCUGACAGGAUACGACGGGCCGGAGGUGCAGGGGCUGUGCGGCGGCCUGGGCGGCUCCUCUGAUGAGACUGAAUUUAAGAGUCCUCUGUUCCACGAGCCCGGCUGUGAGACACAGUACAACGACUCUGCUGACAGCACCAUCGACUGCAGGGCGGCGACUGCCAGGUGUGACCUCCUGCGGCAGGAGCCCUUCACCGCCUGCAACAAGCACAUGGACCCGGAGCCGUACAUCACCGCCUGCACCGACAUGCUGUGCAGGUACCCCGCCGUGGACGACGUCCACUGCCAGCUGAUGGAGGCGUACGCCACGGCCUGCCAGAGCCACAGCAACGACACGCUGAGCGGCUGGAGGUCCAAGGCCAGAUGCUCCACGAUGCUGUCGGCCUCCUGCCAGGACAAGUUCUGCGCUCCCCACGAGUUCUGCGGAGAGAGGAUGACCAUCGAUGGCCAGCUGGAGACCGCCUGCCUGUGCCGGGCCGCCUUCGCCUCCAGAUACAGAGAGAACACCUUCGGCGAGCCGGCCGUCUGCCAGCAGGACUCGGCCUCGCUGACCCUCGCCGCCUGCCUCCUGGAGGAGAAACACAUCGACUGCUCCCUGCUGCACCUGAACGACCACACCUGCCGAGGCAAGAUGGACAACCUGACCCGCAUGGUGACGUUUGGCUACGACAUGAAGGACAACAGCUGCGGCACCGUGCUCAUGGCGAACGACACCCACCUGCUGUACAAGAACGCCGUCCUGAUGGGGGCCAGGAAAACGUCCGGCCUCAUCACUCGCCAGAGACACGUGGAGAUCGGCUUCUCCUGCUUCUACAACCAGCCGGAGAUGAGCGGCAUGAUCAAGAUCAAGCAGAGCCCUGUCAUCCAGCAGAUGGUGUCCGGAGCGUUGGCGUACUCUGUGAUAAUGAACAUCUACACCGACCCGGAGUACAAGCACGCCGUCAACUCCAGCACCGAGAUCCAGCUGAACCAGAGGAUGUGGGUGGAGCUGAAGACGGAGGGGCUGGACAACAGAACGGUCGCCAUGGUGACCGACUCCUGCUGGGCGACCGUCCAGCCGUCGUCCAAUGAGAGCCUGAGAUACAACCUCAUCGUUAAAGGCUGUGCGAACCCUGCCGACCACACGGUGAGGGUGGAGGGCAACGGGAUGGGAACCUUCAACCACUUCUCCUUCAGCAUGUUCCAGUUCUCCGGGAAGACCGGCGACAUUUACCUGCACUGCAAACUGAGGCUGUGUGCCAAGCAGGGCAGGAGCUGUGUCCCGAACUGCGGGGCAGCCGGUCGCCAUCCCCGCAGAGCCUCCAGGUCUCACUAUGCAGAUGAAAACCCCGCCCUCAUCACCAUGGCCUGGACCAAUUAG